AAGGUCUAUCGGCCAUCUUUGAUGUGAGCUGUCGUGUUGGUAAAGUUGCCCAGGUGUUUUCAAUCCUCAAGUCUCAGUUGCUUGUAUUGACUGUGCAGUCCAGUUAAAAUAUUCAAAGAGAAAUAAAAUGGCGUUAAAGUUUGGUCCACAGUGGUUGCGUGAUUUGUCAGAUGGUGGGACCACGGGUUCCCAGCCCCCCACACCAACUUCAGCUGUCAAGUUUAAAUUAGCAGAUUAUCGCUAUGGUAGAGAAGAGAUGCUGGCGCUGUUCAAUGAAAAUAGCCCUCCCCCCGACCAAGUCCGGAAACACCUGUCAAUUUUCUCCAAAGAAAUUCAAAAGCCUAUAACCAUGUUGCCUCUAACAGAAGAUGAACAGCGAUUGAUCUCACAAGGUUUUAAUAGCACUGUGGUACUCAGAGCUGCUGGUCGCGGCACAGGCCCUCCACUUCGUCCAAACAGAGGUGGGGGGAUAUCUGACAGAGGCAGGGGGAGAGGACGUGGUCGGGGGGAGGGCUACGUACCGAGAUCAGAAAAUGGUGACUACAGUCGAUCAACUCAAGAUGGCUGGGAACAAGUCAACAGAAAAUUUGAGCGGAGUUAUUCUAGAGGUUAUGAUGAGGCAGGUGUAACUAAGCGUGAGUUCACUCGGUCUACCAGUGAUAAUUGGAGAGAUAAAAGGAAUGAAGAAGAAGAUGAAGAGGAGACUGGGGGAGUGGGGUGGAGAAAUAAUCGUGAUAAUACUAGAUGGGGUCCUUCAACACGUUCCACUAAUUGGCGAGAUCCUCAGAGAGAUAAUAGCGGGUUUGACGGUGACAGAAGACAACCACUUCCUCAUCGAACUUUUGAACAAGACCACAGAGGGCCACACAGGAUAAAUGAUAAUUAUGAAAAUGAAGGUGAAGUCCCAGAGUGGGUAGAAGAUGAUGUUGGAGAUGAUCCUGGAACUUUUGAUUCCAGUGGAGCUUUUGUAUCCACUAAAGAAGGCAAGCAAGUUGCUGAUCUAAGAAGAAGUGAUUCCAAUACUGAAGAAAAUAGAAUGAAGAAAUCUACAUCCCGAUCACAAGAGGAAACCACAGACAGUAAUGACCCACCACAGACAAAUAUCACUGAUAAAGGUUCAACAUUAGUUAAAAAUAAAUCUGUAUAUGUUCCUCCAGCUGCUCGUAAUGGGACAGGAGAUGCUAAUAAUCCUGUAGAAAUCUCUAGGCCACAGUCCUUAACUUCUAAAGACAAUACAGAAUCAUUUGAAGCUCCUCCUGUGUCCAUUGGCAGCAGUCAUUCAAACAAAGGUGAUGGAGAUUCAGGAUUUGCUUUCCCUAACAAAGAAGACAUAAAUGGAACCCGCGCUCCCCCUGGUCAGUAUACAAACACAUCAGUCCCCACAUCACAACCACAGACUUCUAGUCAGUCAUCUGAACAAGAAACACAGUUUAGACAUGCUGAUCAGGAAAUAUUGCAUAUGGAAAAAUCUUUACAGAGUUUAGUUGCAGAAAUGACAGCAGAUGCUGAUAGAAGAGCUAGAAGCAUUGAUGUAACACAGUCAGCUUUACCUCUUUCACAUGAAGAUGCCAAUAAGUGGUUUUAUAAAGAUCCACAAGGGGAAGUACAAGGUCCAUUCAGUAAUGAAGAAAUGUCACAGUGGUUCAGUGCUGGUUAUUUCACUAUGAGUUUAGUUGUCAAGCGAGGAUGUGAUGAUACUUAUAAACAGCUUGGAGAGCUUAUCAAAAGGUAUGGAAGAGUUCCAUUCCUCCCUGGGCCACCUUUGCCACCAUUAAUUACCAGUAACAUCCAGCCAGAAGUUAGUUUAUCAUCCACGCCACCCCUCACAAUGCCAUCACUUAUCUCCCCAAUGGCAGCCCCAAUAAUAGGUCCACCAUUAUCAGGUGUUCACGACCCUGCAAUUAUUCAACAAAUGUUAAUACAGCAAGAAUAUUUAAAACAGUCAUACUUAAGACAAUGGCAGUUACAAGAAAACUUUAAAGCUCUCCCACCAGAGCAGCAACAACAACAAAUUUCACUGCAGUUGAUGAUGCAGGCCAACCCUUUGUUUUUACAGCAAUUGCAACAGCAGCAGUUGAUCCUUCAACAACAAGAACACCAAAGAUCUUCAACACAAUCAGUUGAAGGUAACCCAUCAGUCUUUCAACAGUCGCAACCUAACACUAUAACCACAGCAAAUAGUGGUGGAGAUGUACCCAUGUGGGGAGGAGCUAUGCAACCUCUUAUUCCAGGUAUGUGGUCACUUCCAGCUACUCAACCAGUAACACAACCAACAUCACUUUGGGAUGUUGACAACAAUAGUGGAACAGUAUCACCAGCUUACAGGGCUCAGAUAGAAAAGCUCAAAAGGGAAAGAGAAGAAGAGAGAUUAAAAGAAGAAGAAAGAAUUCGUGAGGAAGAAUUAGAAAAGAGACAAGAAGAGUUAAGAAGACAGCAAGAAGAAAUAGAAAGGCAAAGAGAAUUAAUGAAAAUGGAGAAAAUAGAACUGGAAAAACAAAAACAGCUUGAAAUACAGAAAAUUGAAGAAGCAAGGCGUUUGGAAGAAGAGAGAAUACGUCUUGAAAUUGAGAGACAGCAACAAGAACAGUUGGAAGAAGAAAAAAGAAGACAGGAAAUAGCCAAAAAACAACAAGAAGAAGAAAGAAAGAGAGAAAAAGAGCUAAAGAAACAGGAAGAAAAACGAAGAAAAGAGGAUGAAAAGCGCAGCCAGGAGGAAAUUAAGAGACAACAAGAAGAAUUAAGGAGAAAGCUAGAAGAGGAAGAAUUGUUAAGACAACAAGAAAUUCAACUUGAGAGGGAGUUUAGGAGACAACAGGAGCUUCAACAGAUGGAACUACAGAAACAAGAAGAGGAGGAAAGAAGAGAAGCUGUUGAAAGAGAAAGACAAGAAGCACAUAAGAAACAGCAUCUUGAAAUGGCAAGGCAACAGGAAUCUUUAAGGCGCUUACAGCAAGCACAGAGAGAACAGCUGGCCAAUAUUCAGCUUCCCCCCUCAACAAACUGGGCAGCUCAACAACAUAGUGUACAAGCUUCCCCCAGUCAGUCCAAAUCCUUAACAGAAAUCCAGGAAGAAGAGGCGAGGAAGGAACAGGAAAGACAAAGAGAGCAGCUACAACAGAUGCAACGAAUGCAAGAACAAGCUAAUUUAAUUCACCAACAACAUGCCCAGAAGUCAUGGGCAACACAUGCAUGUCAGGGGCUUCCAAAUAAAGGUUUAUCUUUGUUAGACAUUCAACAACAAGAAGCAGAAAAUGCUAAAAAGUCUCAGAAAGAAAAACCUAAUACUCAAACAUAUACUGCUAAACUUUCCUUGGCCAGUGCAUCCACAUGGACUGGAACAACAUCAGGAGGAACCUGGGGUAAUAGCAACCAAGUGUGGAAUAGUACUUCCAGCAAUGCCGGUUUUUGGGAUUCAGUAGCCAUACCAUCAGUCAAAAAACCUAUUGUCAAAGAGAGUGGAGAGUUUCCAGCAUUAAAACCUCAAGCUCAACAAGCUAAAAAGGGAACAGUUGCAAGCACAACUAAAGUCUUUAAGGCAAAAGCACCUGGAUCAAAGCAGAAAAAAGAGGAGGAAAGUGUUCAAAAGCUCUUUCAAAACAGGCAGCAAGACGAUUUUACUCUGUGGGUUACUGAGCGUGUCUCACAAUUCUCUGCUCGCAUAGAUGAGCCCACAUUUGUGUCUUUCAUUGUAGAUGUGGAUAGUCCAGAUGAGGUGCGAGAUUAUAUCAAUACUUAUCUUGGUGAAACAAAAGAUUCUAAAGAAUUUGCCAAACAGUUUCUAGAAAGAAGGAAUCGCAUACGAAAUCAAGUUCGUAUUGAGAAACAACAAGAAGAGGAUAGCAUUUGGGGCCCAGCACCAGCAAUUAAUCCUCACAAUCAAAUGCGAGGGAGUGUAAAUGCCACCACCAGUGCAGCAAAUGAAGGAAAUGAAGCAAACUCUGGCAAGGGCAAGAAUCGAAAAAAGAAACAAAAGAUGCAAAAAUUAGAUGUCAGCAUUCUGGGUUUUACUGUUCAGGCAGAUCCUAACAGAAAAAAUGUUGCUGGAGAGGUCGAGAGUAUUCAAUAACACCAAAAAUUUGGAUCUAGGAAUUCUAGAUUUUAGUUUUUGAAACUGUUUUUAAACAAAUAUACCAGUGAUUCUUUUUAAAACUUAUCAUAAUUAAGUCAGAAUUAGAGGGCUUUCAGGAUUACUGAUUUUAUAGUUAAUUGCUGUCAGUUAAAAAUUUAAAAGAGAGAAGAAAGUUUUUCCAUGCAAGUAGAUUCUUUUCUUCUCAUUUUUGGAUAUACAUAAUAAAAUAUUUAAAAAUUAAAUUUUAUGUGAAACAGAAAAAUUGUUUUUAUUGCAUUUUUUUUAGCUUUGCAUGUUGGACUUCAAUUUGAGUGCCUACACAUUUAUGUUCAAUGUGUUAACCUGUAGAAGUAUAAACAUUAAAAGAGUUCCAGUGCUCCCAAAUAUUUUUUUUCAAUGUCUAACUUCUUGGAAAGUCAUUAUAGACUAUUAAGGGUUGGGAUUUUUUGUGUGCACUAUUACCACAGUUUUCUAUUUACUAGUUUUAUGUGUAAAUUAACAUACAGUAAUUUAUUCAAAUAUUUUUCUGAUUUAUUUAUUAAGGAAAAUAUUACAAUAAAAAUCAUUGCCCCUCAAAUUCAUAAUUACAAAAAGAAUGCCCAGAGGCUGAAAGCUUGAGAAAAAAAACACCAAAUCUGGUCAUAAGAAACAUUUCUGAGCAUUUAUCACAGAGAAUAUAACACUCAUUUUUGGAAAAACAUUUGUAUAUUUUGUCACUUAAAAUAUUCAUUUGAAAAGGUCAAUAACAUAAUUUUAGACUCUGAAUUUAAUAGAUUUACUUAUUUGCAACUUUUAGCCUAUUUUUCUGAUCAGUUUUCUGUACUAAAAAAAAAUCUUGAAAAUGCUAGCAAAUGAAUCUUGGAUGAACAUAGUCGUUACUACAGUACUAUCAUUUAAAAAAGUGUAGUCACAUUCUUUGAAAUGUUAUUCCUAUCAGCCUUUCCAGAUUGUUGACAGUUUUAAACAUAGAGUCAGUAUGAAAAUGUUUAAAACCACUGCUAAUUGUUUUUAGCUGAAAAUCUGUUAGGAGCUUUAAUUCUCAAAAUAGAUAUAUAACAUAAAUUUACAAGAAUCACCUUAAGCCAAAAUGUACCCUUCUGCUACUGCUGUCCUGUUAAAUAUAAAAAAAAAAAAUUCAAACAAUUCACAUAUGUGCCUGUGAUAGAAAACUUGAAUGACUUCAUUUAAAAAACAUAAGAUUACUUCAGCAUUUUGUUAAUGUUCAACUGAAACUGUUACAUGUACACAGUGUGCACAAUGCAAGAAGACUAUUUGUGUUCUCAAUAUUUUACCAAUAGUAAAGUAUGAGUGUGAUGACCUCUGAUUCCAAAAAAAAAUUCUUUAACCUAUCCCCCCACCAAUUCUCUAAAAUGCUUUAUUUUAUAAAUAUAUAUUGUAGUGGGAGAAUAAAAAUGAACCUUCAUUUUAUGUUAAACUAGUGCUAGAUCUAUUGGAGAUUUUAAAAGCUAGUUUUUAAAGUUUUAUAAUAACUUUUUAAUAAGUUUUCCUGCCUCAUUUGUAAAUAUGUAGAAUUUUUUUAAAAAACACUCCUCUCCCAAUCAAGUUUUGCAUAAUUAAGUGCUCCAUCUUUCAAGGUGGUAUUAUUAGUGGAGAAACUUUGUAGUAAUUGAUUUGUAGAUUAUACUUGUAGUUGAAGAAACCAGUUUUUUCUUACUUGAACUGCAUCACUAAUAGAAAAUACACAAGUAUGCUAUUUUGUAACUAUCUUUCUCUUUCUUACAGCUUUAAAAUUAUACAAUUUUUUUUAUAACUAACAUUUUUAUUUUUAUUUCUCUAAGGCAACUUAUCUGCUUAUGCAGUUUAGACGUGAAGAAACAAUUUGCUAGAUAGGAACUUAACUACUAAAGUGGCAAUAGGAACAGGAAUUUUUAAAACUACAUCAUUUUUUAUAACAUUUUAGAGUGUCAUUGGUUCUUUUAUCUAUUUAGUUUUAUUGUAUCUCUAAUAGUUUUACUUAAUUUACAGGGUUAAGUAAAUAUAAAUGUAUUAUACUUAAGAAAUUUUUGCAUUUUUGUGCCAUAAUAAUGAAUCUCCAUUUCAUUAGUAAAUGAAAUGGGUUAAGGUGCAUAAAGUGUAAAUUAUUAAAAAAUGUUAUUUUAUAAACAUUAUUUCACCUACUAAUCCUUAUUUUUUUAAUUAAUCAUUUUUGAUGCUCUAGAUAAUUUAAAAAAUAAUUUUGUUUUAAAGUAUCUAGUGUUUUUUUUUCAAUAGUAAAAGUAUGCUGUUAGUUCUUUCAUAAUUGAACAUUACUACUUAAUGAGGUAUUUUAGUUCUGGUAUAAAUUCAAUAGCUUGUGUUUAUUGUUUUGCUUCCAUUUUUAACAACUUUUACUGUCUCAGUUUUCAUGAAGUGAAGGCUCUACCUAUGUGACAAAACUUGUUUAAUUUCACAGGUGAUCUUGCCUUUCCAUUGACUUAUAGCUUUGUGUCUUAAUACUGCUUAUAAAGUUUUUAAAAUAUUGAAAUGUGAAGUCCUAAAUCUUCUACUUUUAAUUCUGUAAUUAAUUUGAAAAUGCCAUCCUUCAAUUUUUUUACUUUUUGCAUUUAAAAUGAGCAUAAAUACCUACUUACAAUGGCUGAACAUAUUUCCAAAUGUUCAAAGCUAAAAUAAUCUCUUACUAAUGUUAGUGUAUGUCAUAUAUGGGCGAAUACAAUGAAUGAUGCAUUACAUUUAAGUGUUAAAAAAGAGAAAUGGUGUAAUCUAUAAAAUCAAAAUAUAAUCUAUUACUUUUGGAAUAUUCAGUCCUAUAAGCCUGUUUAUCAUGCUAAAUGGUGCAUAGUUUUGGCAUUCAAAUGCUUUUUUGACCACCCUGUGCUGUUCAUAUCUGGCUCUUUGUUAAAUUUGACUGAACAUUUCAGCUUUUCUAAUGCAAAUGGCAACAAUUCCAUUAAAUUAUGUUUUAAUGCUAUCAAUUUAUUAGUUAGAUACACACAUUUUCAUUUUGCAGUAUUCUUUUUAUAAAUACAGUGAACAUUGUAGGGUUAAUUUUUUUUAAAGUCACUAAAAAUGUAUAUUUUACCAUUGGUUAGUUCUGAUAAAUCAUAGUUAUACAUCUGCAUGCAGCUUUCUUUUACUUUUACCCAAUUCUGAAAUAGGCACAAAAUUUAAGACAUCACCUAUCAAUUUUGUACAUUUUCAAGUUUAGUUAAAAUAUACUUUUUAAUAGCUAGAAACAAUGUAUAUAUUCUUUUAAAGUUAUAUAAAAUACAAAAUCUUGCCUGUAUGAAUACAGUUCUAAAAAUUGUUGGGGACAUAUCUAAAAUGUAUUUCUUACAUAAUUACACCAAACACUUUUAGACAGUUUUU